AUGAAGCUUUCUUUCAUCGCGAUCUCUUUCUACCUUCUUGCUGUCGACGCUGCUAGCCUACGCGGUGUCCGCAAGUUGUCUUCUGGCUCCCUUCCGUCUCUCUCCGGUGCAUCUGAUGCUUCUGGUGAUUCGGUCUCGGUUUCAAGUGGGAGCAACUCUCGCAAGUUGUCUUCUGCCUCCGUUGCUUCUGUUUCUGGUGAUUCAGUCUCGGUGUCAAGUGGAAACUCUCGCAAGCUGUCCUCUGCUUCUGUCGCUUCUGUUUCUGGUGACUCGAUCUCGGUUUCCAGUAGCAGCUCUAGACGCAAGCUGUCCUCUGCCUCUGUCGCUUCGAUGACGUCUGGUGAAUCUGCAUCAUCCUCGACUGAUAACUCUCGCAGAGAGUAA